AUGGUUAGUAAACGAAGUGUCGCAACACAAUUUAAUAUAACACCAAAACAAUUAUGUGAGUGGAUUAAGAAAAAAAUUGAAUUAAAAAAUGUUCCACCUUAUGUAAAACAGUUAAAUAUUGGUGCGCGUCCUAAGUAUCUGCUUUUAGAAGUUGAUAUUAAAAAUUGGGUUAAAUCUUUACGUUCACAACAAAAAAUCGUGUCUAGACAAAUGAUUAGAACAAAAGCUAAACAACUUGCAAAUGGCUUUAUGCGUCAUAAUAAAUUUAGCAAUCAGCGGCAUACUACUGUAGCACAAAAAUUGCCAGAGGAUUUAAAACCUCUAAGGGAUGAAUUUUUAAUAUUUGAUGUACCUAGCAAUUAUACUGUUGAAGAAACGGGUGCUCAUACUGUUUCAAUCUGUACAACUGGAUAUGAAAAGUCCAAUUUCACAGUUGUUUUAGGUUGUUUGGCUGAUGGAACCAAAUUGGUUUCUAUGGUAAUUUUUAAGUUAGUAAAUGUACCUCGACAAACAUUUCCUCAAGGUAUUGUU